AUGGCUGGCCACGGUUAUACCAAGCUUGAUCCCGCCAUUGAGCGAUGGAAUAACAUGCGCGAAAGCGUGUACAAGCACUUCCGCUUUACACCGCGGACGGCCUGGCAGUCCAUAUUUGGGCUGGCCAUCUUCCCUGGGGCAAUAUAUUAUCUCGCAUCGAACCAGGACAUGAAAUGGAGCUGGUCAGGGAAACUCAAGAACCAGUCGCUAGCCCGUGUACCUCCUUCCGAUUGA